AUGCCAAGGAAAGAUCCCAAGAAGAAGACCUCUCCUAUUCCUAAGCUACCUAUAGACAUUAGAAAGGUCAAUGAUCUUCCUUCUGAGCUAAAGAAGAUUUUUGUAGAGGUGGCCAAGACCUUUUCCACACCUAAAGAGGCUUGGGACAUGGCGAAGUCAGCAAAGGAUGACCUAAAGGAGAUGAACAUAGUCUGCAACACCGAACAUAAGGAGUUCAAGGCUGAUAAGUCUAAGGUGGCUGAUAGAGAUGCCAUCAUCAAUGAUUUGAAGGAUGAGAAUGCCACUGGCUGGGCCAAAGGCUGUUUUAUCUUCCAAAAAUAG